AUGCCUUUCGGUUUCUAGAGACCAUCCUCUAGCACAGUCACUUUAUAAGUCUUCACUUACAUGUGUUAAAACUAACGACAAGAUACUCCUACCCCAUCAGACGAGAUGGCCAAGUCUGCAAGACGAGCCGGAAAGGCAAAGGCUUCAGUUACCCCCUCCGUCUCGUCAUCAGGCGCCUCAACUCCAAGCUCACAAUCGGGCCCUCUUCCUCCCUUCACCAAAGCGCUCGCCUCCCUCCAACCCUUCCUCGAACUACUCUCCCCGGAAGAAGUGUACCUCGUCCACAUCGACACCUCUCCGCAAGACCUCAAGAAACAGACCUUCGUCGCUCCCGCCGUACUCAAUGCCGCCAUCGCAGCUCUCCUGGUCUUCCGUGUCUACAUGGUUCGCAACAUCUAUCCGGCACUGUUGGCGACACUGAUCGGGUUCACCAGUACCAUGACGGUGGACACAUCCGCCAUAUCGUGGGGGGAAAUGGCGAGCACGAUUCUGCGUCGAACGGGCACGAUCCUGAUCGACUAUGUCCUAGCCACAGUGUUUCUUUCGUGGCCCAUCGGCUUCGUCAAGGGUCCCGUGAAAUGGCGCUCCAAGGUCGGCUUCCGUGGUCACGAAAUUAUUGUCCGUCGCAGCCAGCCCACCCUGAGCCAGGGACUCGAGCGCAACUGUUGGAUUCGGGACAACGAGGCAAUGAGGGACAAGAUUGUCGCUGCUGUGACUCCGGACCGCAUAAAGAAGACGGGAUACCUGCUCGUGGAUGCGGACUGGAAUCUUGACUACGACGCGAUGAUUAAGGCACAUGAGCUGGUGGACAGGUCGAAGAAAGACGACGGAGUGCCACUGGAGGAGUUCCGGACAGCUGUGAUCGUGAACACCGAUGCCGAUGGCUGGUUGAUCUGGCAUGUUGAAGAUGAGGACACGCCUGAAGGAAGAGAGCGGUCGAGCCAGCGAGACCAGAUUCUAGCGUUCAAGGAGAAAUUGACAGCCAUGGGUAAAGAACAUCUUUUCUUCCGAUGGGUUGAAUUAAUCCAGUAUGAAAGCACACAACCCGGAGGUUUUACCCCAGAGAGGCAGCAGUCUGCUAUGGUGCAGGCAAAGAAACUUUUUGAAGAUGAGAACGUUGAUUUUGCACGCUUCUGGCAGGAAGUUGGUGGGCUGGAGGGGUUUGCUGAUCAGCUUGAUUGAUAUCUAUAUGCUGUUCUCCCUCUCUUUGUUUUGAUUUCAUUUAUGGUUAAUUUGCAUCAACACUGUUGAUUGGCGUUACAUUUCCGUGAGGAUCAUUUAAAAUUGGCGUCAAACCUUUAGGAUCUUAUGAACAUAUUCGGCGUCUAUUCUUAUAGUGCUAUUGGUUUUUUCUUUAGUCACAAAUCAGUACCGUUGCAGAUUCAACGGGUGAGGAUACCAUAAUUCUAAGCUAAAGACAUCCAAAA